AUGGCUCCACGAAAGAAUGCGCAUUCGACAGCGGCCGAGAUCUCGCUUGUCCACCUCAAGAACUGUCUCGUAAACCUACCAUCGGCUCUCGUCAACCUGCUUGUCAAUAUCAACGCUCAUGCCCAAAAUGUCGUUGUCGAACUCAGCUGGCGAUCUAGCGACGGCUCGCAAAAGUCGGCAUACCUCGGCUGGACCGGCCUCCCCAGCAAGCGCAAGCUCGCCCCGAUAGUCACCCGCGAUGGAAUUCAAGGUUCGCGGGGCUCGGGAGGUUCACGGGAGCAGGAAAUUUCACUCGUGGAGAUCGACCCUACGUUGGCAAAUACCCUCGGACUGAGCGACGGCCAGAAAAUCACGGCCAUGAUACACCUAGAGUUCCCCAUGGCGCACACAGUCCACAUCGAGCCCCUCACCCCGGAGGACUGGGAGGUCAUUGAGUUGCACGCCAACUUCCUCGAGCUCAACAUGAUGUCCCAGGUGCGCGCGCUACCCAAUCCAACCUACGCGCCGCCAGGCGGUGUUCCGGGGUCUGCCGCGCACCCCUUGGCCCUGCACGUCUCGCCAACCUCCACCGCCAGCAUCAGAGUUGCAUCCCUAGAACCUGUCGCGGGAUCGGAUGUCCCGUUUGUCAAGAUCGCCCCCAAUGCCGAGGUCAUAGUGGCGCCCAAGGAGAGGUCAAAACCGUCUCGGCCGGGGAAGAGCGGCAGCAAGGGAGGCCGCAGCGUGGAUGGCGCCUCGGGCAAGAGCUCAAGCACCGUCAGAAGGAACAGGAGGAGCAAAAGCGAGGAGCGCAAGCCUGCAUUGUACCUGCGAGCCAUGGACAGACGAUACUGUCAAGAUUGGUUCGACGACGUGGACGAAGCAGAUAAGGAACUACAAGAGGGACUAACCGUCUGGGUGGAUCGGGAUCUACUCUUCUCUAGAGGGUUUCGCGGUGUCAAGUACGUCGCUGUUGAUCUCUUGCGACCUUCGCAGAUCCAGGCCCAACCUGCAGAUGGGACUGAGCCUCUACAAAGACAGUCUACCCGGGUCGUGGCUAUGUUGUGCGGUUGGGAUGACCCGCCGAACGGAUCUACAGUAGCUCUGUCGACUCCCCUAUGUGCAUCACUGGGUUGCCAGGGGAUUGUGGGAGGAGUGGUCAAGAUCGAACCGGCUCCAGCGCCUUUUACAGUCAGCUCGAGUGCCGAAAAGCCUGAUCAGUCUAACACAAUACGUCGCAUCAAGAUUUUCCCGUUUCUGGCUGCUGGCAGCUCACCCUCCGCUGGACUAAAAUUUGGAGGCGAAUCCAAGGCCGAGAAGGAGGAGGCGACAAAGAGACUGAAGCUCGUGUAUGGCGGCAAGGAUGGUAAAGGCCUUUUGCAAGGGCCUCUUACUGAUGGCCAAGUCCUCGGGAUCUAUCAAGGCGUACAACAGAUUCCAGGAUGGGAGGGCGGUAUAAUCAAGUUUGACCCUCCACCGGAGGCUGGACAACCAACCCGAGAAUCGACGAGCUGGGUACUGGGAUCACAGAAGCUAAUCCCUUUCGAUAUACAGCCCGGAGUGCCUCCACCAGCGGGAGCUGCACCUGACGAUGAUCUCGACGAGACAGAGUCUGGCGACAAUAUUCUCGUUGGCAUUGAUUCACUUCUCAAGGAGCUCAAGUCCCACCUGAUGCACUUGUCAUCUGUGCUUCUCACCGGUGCCCUUGGCUCUGGAAAAACGUCCGUAGGAAAGAGCAUCGCCAACGCCCUGAAGCGGGACUCGUUUUACCACACCACAUACUUUACCUGUCGCAGCCUCACAAACGACGAGAGCAGGGUUGCCACAGUUCGUGAGACGCUCAACCGUCUCUUCAUGAACGCCAGCUGGGGUGCGAGGCUGGGUGGAAAAGCCAUUGUGGUACUAGAUGACCUCGACAAGCUGUGCCCAGCUGAGACGGAGCUUCAAGUGGGCAAUGACAACGGUCGCAGCCGGCAGAUUAGUGAGGCGCUCUGUGCCAUCGUCAAACAGUACUGCGCCGAGGAUAGCGGUGUGGUGCUGCUGGCCACCGCCCAGGCUAAGGAGUCGUUGCAUGGCGUGGUCAUUGGUGGUCAUGUGGUUCGCGAGAUUGUGGAGCUCAAGUCGCCCGACAAAGACGCAAGGAGAAAGAUAAUGGAGGCCAUCACGAAGCAAGGACCGCUCGUUACGGAGGUAGCCACCAGAGACACCCCCAGUGACCAUUCGCGGCCCACAACAGCUGAUGGCAGCACUGCGGAAGACGAGGGUGCGUGGAUGGAUGGUCCCAGCAGGCCGAGCCAGAAUGGUACGAAUGACCGUAGUGACGGCUACUACUUGCAACCAGACCUCGACUUCUUGGACAUUGCUGGGCGGACAGACGGGUACAUGCCAGGAGAUCUCUUGCUCCUCGUGACCAGAGCCCGGAACGCGGCGCUCAGUCGGUCCCUCGAGGAGAUUGCCGAGGAUGAUCAUCUCAACGCGUUGGGCGUUCCACUUGGAAUGCAGGAUUUUGACGAGGCUCUAAAGGGUUUCACGCCGGCAUCGCUCCACAACGUCAGUCUGCAAAGCUCGACGAUCAAGUUCGACUCCAUCGGCGGCCUUUCCGAGACGCGGCGCGUUCUGCUCGAGACGUUGCAGUACCCGACAAAAUAUGCCCCUAUCUUUGCGCAGUGUCCUCUGCGUCUGCGUUCGGGUCUUUUACUUUAUGGCUACCCUGGCUGUGGCAAGACCCUGCUAGCCAGCGCGGUGGCGGGAGAGUGCGGUCUCAACUUUAUCAGCGUGAAGGGUCCCGAGAUUCUGAACAAGUACAUUGGCGCCUCGGAAAAGAGCGUGAGAGACCUCUUUGAGCGAGCGUCAGCGGCCAAGCCUUGCGUCCUCUUCUUCGACGAGUUUGACUCGAUCGCGCCCAAGCGCGGACACGACUCGACAGGCGUUACGGACCGUGUGGUCAACCAGCUUUUGACGCAAAUGGACGGUGCCGAGGGCUUGUCAGGGGUCUACGUGCUCGCGGCUACAUCACGGCCGGACCUGAUCGACCCUGCUCUACUGAGGCCUGGGCGCCUGGACAAGUCGCUGCUGUGCGACUUCCCCAACGCGGAGGACCGUCUGGAUAUCAUCAGGGCCCUUGCGAGCAAGGUGAAGGUCGGCGACGAGGUGCUGGCUAACGAGGACGAGCUUUUGGAGCUGGCGAGACGCACCGAGGGAUUCACGGGCGCCGACCUGCAGGCCCUCAUGUCGAACUCGCAGCUCGAGGCCAUUCACGACGUCCUAGGAGACCACGGCGCUGGCGUGGGCGCAUCGUCCGGCAAGGACAAGUACGGCGGCAGGAAGUCUGCCGUGGCAACCGCCGGUAAAGGGCGCGCCAAUUACGUCCAGUUCUUGUACGGCGAGGAGCAGGAGUCUCAGAAGCCGUCCGGGGCGACCACGCUGUCGUCGGAAAUGGCGGAGCGCGCGGCCAUUGCGGCCAAGCUUGAGGCUAUCAAGCUCGCAAAGAAGGCGGCAAAGGCAUCCAAGGCCGGCCGGGGGGUGCAGCCCGUCAACGGCGUGGAUGAUGAGGGCAGUGAGGAUAAAGGAAAGCAGGAUGGCGGCGGUGCGGGUGAGGUGGUGAUUGGGUGGAGGCACAUCACCAAGGCGCUGGACGAGACGCGUCCCAGCAUCAGCUCGGAGGAGCGGGCAAGACUGGAGAGGAUUUACAGAGAGUUUGUGGUUGGUAGGAGCGGGCAGAUGAAAGACGGACAGCCUUCCAUGGAGAUUGGAGGACGUUCUAGUCUGAUGUAG